AUGGGUGUUCGAGCUGCGGACGAUAAUGCGGGGCCUGACACCUUGUCGAACUCACAGAGCACUUUGGUUGAGCUUACUGGUGAGACUCACACGGCGACAACCGACCGGCCCUGGGGAUUUCUGCUUUCAGAUAAACAUCGCGUGCUGUGCCUCUCCAACAAGCGGCAGAUCACGUGUGGGAGGUCUCCGAAGUGUGACGUUGUCGUGAACGAUCCCCGCGUCAGUGCGCUCCACUUCACCAUCACUCUCCACGUCGAGGUGAGUGUGCCUUCGCCUGGCAGGGUAUGUCAGGAUUAUCACCCGGGCUUUUCAACCCGUCAAUGCACGCCUUCUGGAAUUGCAAUAACGACGGGGUCAACUUCAGUGGGUGCGCAUAACAAUUCCUGUCCCACUCGAGAGACGAGCGGUGGGGCGCAUCCCACGCGGAUGCCACGCCACUCUGUGCCAGAGGUGCGGAUCUAUCUAGAGGACCAUAGCGCCAACGGGACGUAUGUGAAUGACACCAAGGUGGGAAAAGGCCGACGCUGUCAGCUCCAAAGCGGAGAUGAUAUUGGUGUCGUGGCGUGCCAUUUCACCACAUUGGGUGAUGGCGGAGAGGCUGGCGAAGCUGGAAACACCACGGCCUCUUCGUCGCUGGUUGCUCUGGAUGCGCCCACCAUGUCGUCAACGCUGUCCCCAAGUACAUUGUAUGUUGAGAAAUUUUGCUUCCAUGCUUACCAGCUCUCCGACGAAGACGACGCGAACUUGGAGGCGGAAGAAUGGCAGAGUGCACAACUGGGAACAGGUGCCGGAAGAUGUCCGCGAUCGCUUAGGCAAUCCGUCAAGGCGCCGUCUAUUUCCCUUCGUUUACAAUGGGGCCAUCCUAUUGCGCAUGGUUCAAGCAGUGUGGUGUACGCCGGCAUGGAUGUGGACACUGGUAGAAGGUUGGCGUUGAAGGUACUCCAUGAUGAUGGUUUCUCACCCUCGACUAGCCCUUAUUCUUCGAAGGAUACGGAUGGAACCUCCUGGAAAUCGUUGCUGAGGCAAACAAAAGCCUCGUGUCAAGCACCUUCUAUAACGUGUGAUAAACGAACUCAAGAGAGCUGUCAUGGACGUUUUGCUUGGCCGGAAGAAUAUUUGCGCGAAUUCUACUUUCUUACGUACCUUGCCCACCAUCGCAUUGUGGAAUGCCUUGGAGUGAAAAAAGUCCAUCGUGGCAUAUGCAUUAUUUUGGAGCACGUUGCAGGUGGCACCUUGCAGGAGCUUAUCAAAAAAUUUGGGGCCUUUAACGAAAAUGUAAUACGCCUCUAUACACUCCAGGUACUGCAAGGUAUGGAGUACCUGCAAGGACGCAGUGUGGUUCAUGGGGAUCUUAAGAGUGCCAAUGUACUCGUGACGGAGAAGGGGGGCCUUAAGAUUACCGACUUUGGGACAAGUAGGUUUGUUCAAACGAUAUAUCUCGCGGAUGCGGAGCAGGGCAAACUUUCAAGUGGGGACUCUGGUCGUUUCAUUGAAGUUACUGAGAGGAAGCUUUGUGGGACACCCAUAUACAUGAGUCCAGAACUUAUUGCUACACAGGAGUCCACUUUCGCCUCAGACGUGUGGGCUUUGGGGUGCAUGGUGUACGAAAUGGCAAUGGGCGUCCCGCCAUGGGAAGAAUUGCAUGGCUUGCCCCCACACACCGUGGUAUGGCGAAUAGGUGGAGCCGAAAGGGGACCAAGUUUAGAGCGUCUGCGUCAGCGUGGGGCAAGUUCGGCUCUGCUCAAUCUUAUUGAGUGUGCCUUUCACCUAGACCCUGCCCAGCGUCUGUCGGUGACAGAGCUGCUGAAGCACCCUUUUAUUUUGGGGCAGGAGCAUGUUGUUCGUUCGCAGCCGCUCCCAACGCUUUCUCCCUCAUCGUUAGAGUGGAGUCCGCUGAUGAACUCUUCGCAGGUGCGGAUGCAGUUGCCAAAUGCUAUUUUGGGCACUUCCGUCGCUGGGGGAAAACUAAUGCACGCUGCUGAGGAGGCCAGGCAUGAUCAUGGAAUGGUGUUGGACGGCGACUCCGGUGGUACGCCGCAGCAGGAAUUGGUACAGAUGUCGCCGGAGUUGGGACCCGCAGCAGCGGCAGAAAUGGUGCCGGUUAAGCCUGUUCGUCGCACCUCACGCUCGAUGCAUUCCCCCGGAGCCGAGGGGCACCAUGCCUUCAUGUGCGAGUUGAGUUGCCAUAACAGGUUUGAAAGGUUGGAUUUUUUGGAAGCGAAAAAAAGAAAGAGUCCGUCGAACAGGGAUGCGGCAUCGUUGCGGUCCCUGCGGCGACGCCUAGAAGGCACACACCUCUCGCGGCGAAGAAGCGGCAGCCACAGCUCCACGGAAAACGUGGAUGCCGUCAGUCCGGGUGAUAACCGCCUCAGCACCCUUGCCGCCAGCGCAUCCCACGGCAUCACAGCGGAGUUUUCAGGGAUGACGGCGCUAUUUAAAGAGUAA